AUGGGUACUGAAGCGCUGGUCGCAGCAGCAGCUGCCUCCGCUGCGGCACUAGAUGGUUUUUAUGCCGCCUCAACGACGGGCAUGCAUCAUCAUGCCAGUUUAUCACAUUCACAAUUUUCCAAUCAAAAGACACGUACGCGCACAAGUUUUGAUCCUGAAAUGGAAUUGCCGCAGCUACAGAAAAGGUUUCAGGAAAAUCGCCAUCCAUCAAGGCAGCAGAUACAGGCCUAUGUAGUGCAGUUGAAUGCCUUGGAAUCGUGCCGUGGCCGCAAGCCAUUGGAUAUCAAUAAUGUCGUGUAUUGGUUUAAGAAUGCCCGGGCCGCCCAGAAACAUGCUGAAAUGCGUGGUGGAUAUAGAACAUAA